CCCACACAUAUACACACAUACAAUACCUACAUAUAUUUAUUUUCAAUAAAUUAUUUCGAGAAUUAAAAAUACCCAUGCUGUUUGCCUAACAACCCAGGUUGCCAUGCGUCUCCACUUUGUUGUCGGGCGUAAAACAACUUCACACCGAGGUUAGCCCUUAAACACGCCACACGAAAUUGUCGAAGCGAUUUUCUAAAGAGACCAGUAGUACUUUCCCGAACUAAAAUUACAAGAUUUUCAGAAUGAGCCGACAUCGCUUUAACAACGUUCAGAUUAAGGCCCUGCCCGGCGGACUUAUUGCCCACCAGGAACCGGAAGCGGGUGAAGGCCAGUCCAGUUCGCAGAAAAUGCCGAUGUGGCCCAGUGAACGGAUUGUUCCUGGCGGCGCUGGAGCAUUUCACUCGGCUAAGGUGCAGUAUAGCAAGGAGACGGCUGAUCUGAUCCGAUUGCUUGUCAAGGAGUCCAAAAUGUCAAUGAUGGUUCGCAAGCAGAUCGAUGAGAGCCUGCGCAAUGGGGAUCCUUUGCCGCUGCCCGAACCGCCGCGUCCCAACACCAAAAACGAUCCGGAUAAAGAGACUCUGGCUAUUCUGGACCGUGCGCGCAAUGCGAAGCGAAAGAAUCUACGCCAGAUCGAGGCGAGUGGAGCUUACAAGCAGAGCUACUACCGUCCGCCGACCGACAACAGGAUGCAGGGUGAGAAGGCCAAGUCUCAGCUUCAGUUCACCAUGGCCGGAACCCAUCUGCCGGAUCCGGCAAUCAAGCCACGCCGUCGUCCACGUGAGGAGCAACUGGUGACGGAGGAAGACCUCAUAAAUGAGUUGCUGGACCAAAUUAACGAACGUGCCGAGUGGUUAACCGAAAUGGACUCCAUGGGCCAGGGCAAGAAGUAUCGACCCGAGAUACGCGAGCAGAUUGCCGAGCGCCUGCGCCGCAUCCAAGCUCUGGAAUCCAAGAUGAAGAUGAAAUCCGAUGGUGGCUUCCGUUUCGUGGACUAAACGUGCUAUUCUGCUAUCCAAGUUCUAUGAAUAAAUUUCAAGAUUUAUUCCAAUUUUGUGAGAUUUACUGUUAACACUCGAUUAAUAAAUAGCUUUAUUCAACUUA